AUGGCGACAGUUUUUCACAUUAACUUAAGACCUAUUUUAUUUUUAUCCAAGUGUAUAGGUUUAAUUGAUAAUUCGUAUACCUUGGAACCGACUGGAUUUUUAGUUCGGAAAAUAAAUUCAACGUUUAAUGUGUUUCUAGAAAUAGCACGGAUGAUUGUGUUGUUGGUAUGCACUUACAUAUACUUUCAUCAGCUCGAUCCAGAAUUUCAUAUAUUUCAAUAUAUAAGUAUAGUUAAAUUUUGGAAUAUAAUAAUCGCAGCCAGAAUAUCAACAAUAUGGAUAAUCAAAUUUAUUAAUGGCAUCAUCGAAUUUGAUCGAAAAAUCACACCACUUACAACCAAUUUUUCAAUCCCACAGCAUUCAUUAAAAAAAAAGGAUUGGGACAAUAUUUAUGCUUUGUUUGUUUUACAUUCAAUUGGAUUUAAAGUCUUACAAGCUUAUUUAUUUCCCAUAAAGUCCGUAACCAUUAAUUCAUUGGCAAUCAAUUUAUUCACUCCACCAUAUAUUAUGGACAUCAUAGUUACCAUAACUUCGUGUUUCUUUCUUCAAAACCUGUACGCCAGAUUUCAGUCAUUAAAUGAUUUGUGGAAAUGUCUUCCUCCCGGAUUAGUCGCUGUUCCUGGCCAAUGGACAAACAUCGAAAUAGUGGUUUUCAUGGAAAACACGCGACUGAUGCACACCGAACUCUGUGAAUUACUAAUAAAAUUUACUCAAGGUUACGGACUAUUGCUAUUAGGUUUCUACACAUUUAGCUUUAUCACUAUUCUCAUUGGUGUUUAUUUUAUUGUUAACGAUGGACCAUUAAGAUUUUCGAGCGAAAAAUAUCGGAUAGUAAUGCCAUUUUUAGUCCAUGUACAAAUUUUCGCGUUUAUGAUAUCUAUUAUCAUUUUUGUUUCAUCCAUAAACCAAAAGCGAAUGAAGAUGAUGUCCUAUCUACGAUCAUACCAAAUUUCAAAUUUACACCCGGACAUAAAACGACAAAUCAAAAUGUUUGUGCAACAAAUAUCAUCUAAUGAACUGGACCAAAUUUCGGCGUUUGGGUUUUUUCACAUCAAUUUAAAUCUCGUUACAUCAAUACUUGUGCUAAUGAUAACUGGAGUAUCGACAAUGAUUCAGAUGAAAGAUCACCCAAUAAUAUUACAGUUGAACUAUGAGACUAAGUCGUUCUUAAUAAAAGUAUUCAAAGAUAAAUUUUAAAAUCAUGAAUUACAUAGUUGUGAAUCAUCACCAAUACGUAUAAGUUGCU